GUUUCAUUUACGCAGAAGCUCGCACCGCGAUCACACGCUGAACAACAGGCACUGUAUUUACCCGAUUUUUUUUGCAUUUUACGAAUGGUUAAACAAUGGGCAUUAAUAAGUUGUACAGUGAGUUGCACAAUGCUACAAUGCCAGUAAGACUAAAUGAAUUUAGUGGCAAAACUUUAGCAGUGGAUGCAUUUAUUAUAUUGCACAAAGGAUGUUGUAACUGUUGCAGACAGCUUGCUAUGAAAAUACCAACAGAUAGAUAUGUCAAGUAUUUCAUGAAUGUUGUACUGAAUUUAAAGAAUUUUGGUAUUACACCAUUAGUUGUAUUCGAUGGUCAGCCGUUUCCCGCAAAAGAUGCUAAAAAUGAGGAACGUAGAAGAGAGCGUAAAUAUCUGUGGAAAAAGGGAUUGCCCUGUGGGAGCAAAAGAAAUAUACUGAAGCUAUGCCCAAUUUCUUGAAAGGUGUUACUAUAUCUGAAGAAAUGGUGCAAGCAGUAAUUAAGUCACUACGCAACCAAGACAGACUGUCAUUGCUCCAUAUGAAGCACAUUCCCCAAAUGGCUUAUUUAUGUAAAAACAGGUGUGGUCGAUUGGUGUCAUUUACUGAAAACUCUGAUGUCAUUGUAUAUGGUGCAUCAAAGGUUUUCACCAAGACUGAUUUCAGUAGUGGAACCUCCUUUUUAGUUGAAGCUGACAAGUUACCCCAAUGCUUCAAUUUAGAGAACUGGACUUUUACAAAGGUCAGGUAUAUUUGUAUCUUAGCUGGAUGCGAUUACUUACCAUCAAUUCCUGGCAUUGGGAUAAAGAGAGCAAUAGAAUUUGUUUACAAAAUAAAAGAAAAGGAUAUUUUGCAGGCUAUUCCUAGGAUGAGAUACUAUUUGAAUCGUCAGGUCAAUAUCCCGGAUGAUUACUUGAUCAAUUUCACUAAAGCAGAGAACACGUUCAAAUACCAUCUGGUAUUUGAUAUGGCAACACAGUGUGUUGUACCACUUAAUGAUUACACGGAUGGAUUAUCACAUAUCAACAUGCCAUAUGCUGGAAAGUAUCCUUUUUACUUUACCCAUAUUAGCUGUAUUGGAAGUACAUGUGCUAAAGUUAUUAAAAAUGUGUGUUUCAAUAAGCACUAAUUCUAGCAAUAACAGAUUUACAGCCAUAGAUCUAUGAACAGUCCAGUUAGGUUCCCAUAAGCAUUUACCCUGUAUCAUAAUUAAUUUUACUUGUUCCUAAGCAGACUGAAGA